CGGACAAACAACAGCCUCAUUCUCUGCACCGCUGCUGACCUCAUGGUCCCUUUGUGAAGGGAAAAUCCAGAGUUGUAUUCUGUUAAAACGGUAAACGGUGAGUCGACUGCGAGCGGGACAGACCUGCAUCUAUCUGCCGCGGGCCUACAGAUGAAAAAGGACACUGCUGCCUUUUCCUCAGCCCUGCACUUCAGGAAAACAUGAGUCUUGAUGGAGACGCUGUAUCUGUGAUUGAAAACCCAGUGGCCAUCGGUCAUCCUUUGCACUCAGAGGCGUCGGCAGGAGCUGCAGGAACUGAAGAAGUCCAGGGCUGGUGGAAGGGCAGCCGUUCCACGAGUCACGCUCACAGAUUGGUGCGACUGUUGGCAGCUGUGUGCGCCGUCGGACUCCUGGGAGGAUUGGUCGCAGGUGUCUGGUUUCUAGUCAAACUUCUGCUGAGGCCGUCUUCUUCCCAAACUCCAGUAGGGCUCGGCGACACGAAGGAGCCGUCCUUCUGCAACGUGUCCGAGGAUGUCUCCAUCUCGGACCUGAGGAAAGUGUUUUACAGAAUCAGCCCAGAAAACUCAGUCCUGGAGAUCCAGCUGCAGAAGCCACACACCUGGCUGCCGGUGUGCUCUGAAAGGUGGAACUCUUCACUGGGAACACUGGUCUGCAGACACCUGGGUUAUCUGAGACUGACAAAGCAUAAAGGAGUGAAUCUAACAGAUAUUGGACCAAACUACAACGAUGGCUUUAUACAAAUUACCUCGGAGCAAAAGAGCAGUCUGGAGAAUAUGUGGCAGUUCAGGGAGAGCUGUAUCACGGGGAAGGUUAUCGCUUUGCAGUGCUUUGAGUGCGGGGUGCGAGCAAAGCUGCCCAGGAUAAUAGGAGGAAUGGAGGCCGCGCUGGGCAGGUGGCCCUGGCAGGUCAGCCUCUACUACAGCAACCGUCACACCUGUGGAGGCUCUAUCAUCACCAGUCAAUGGAUAGUAACAGCAGCCCACUGUGUGCACAACUACAGGCUACCUCAGGUGUCCAGCUGGAUGGUCUAUGCUGGCAUCGUGACCCGCAGCUCGGCUAAAACAGCCCAACUUGCAGGCUAUGCAGUGGAGAAGAUCAUCUAUAACAAGAAUUACAACCAUAGGAGCCAUGACAGCGAUAUAGCCUUGAUGAAGCUGCGAAGGCCACUCAAUUUCUCAGAUACAAUUAGACCCAUCUGCUUGCCUCAGUUUGAUUAUGACCUCCCAGGUGGUACGCAGUGCUGGAUUUCUGGAUGGGGGUACACACAGCCUGAUGGUGUUCAUUCACCUGAUACUCUGAAAGAGGCGCCAGUUCCUAUAAUAAGCACAAAGAGGUGCAACAGCUCCUGCAUGUACAACGGAGAGAUCACACCACGAAUGCUUUGUGCGGGAUACACAGAGGGGAAAGUAGACGCGUGUCAGGGGGACAGUGGCGGUCCUCUGGUUUGCCAGGAUGAGAAUGUGUGGAGGCUGGUGGGAGUCGUCAGCUGGGGGACAGGAUGUGCGGAACCAAACCAUCCAGGGGUUUACACCAAAGUGGCUGAAUUCUUGGACUGGAUCUAUCAUAUAAUUGAGAGUUACUGAAAACAACAAACAAGAGGAUGCCCUUAGUGUGUUUGAGACGUUAUGAACAAUCAUACAUUAAAUACAUAUGUCAGUUAUAUGGUGUUCACAUAUGAAUAGACAGAAUGUAUCAACAUGUGUUUUCUGUUAUAUUAUUUAUGUACUGAUAAUAAAAUCAUGCUUCUUUUUA